AUGGUCCGCGAGGACCUCAUAACAUCGGCGGUGUCCUUUCUCCAGGACCCGUCCGUAGCCAACGCACCGGUCGAGAAGCGCAUUGCGUUCCUGCAGUCGAAGAACCUCACACAAGAAGAGAUUGAUGUCUCGCUCGCUCGUGCCGCGUCAGACGACCCGAGCCAGCCAGCCUCGCCGCCACCGCAGUACUCGUCACCCCCAAGCAACGCAUAUCGCCCACCGCCGGCAGCCCCCGGGUAUGGCAGCGGCUAUCCUCCACAGUACUGGCCGCAGCAGGCACCGCCAGAACCGCCCAAGCGUGACUGGCGCGACUUCUUCAUCAUGGCGACCGUCAUGGGCGGCGUGGGCUACGGUCUCUACUUCACGGCGAAGCGCUACAUGCUGCCCAUCAUCUCGCCGCCCACGGCUCCGCAGCUCGAGCAGGACAAAGCCUCCAUCGACGAGUCGUUCAAGCGCGCCUUCGACCUGCUCGAGCAGCUCAACACGGACACGCAGGCCCUCAAGGAGAGCGAGGAAGCGCGCACAUCGCGCCUGGACAACGCGCUGGGCGAGGUCGAGUCGGUGCUCGCCAGCCUGAAAGACAGCAGCAAGCGCCAGGGCGACGACAACCGGCGCAUCGAAGACGACGUCCGCGGCCUGCGCGACCUGAUCCCCAAGGCGCUCGACGCGCAGAAGGAAGCCAGCGACGUCCGCCUCAAGGAGCUCUCGACCGAGCUGAAGAGCCUCAAGACGCUGGUUGGGACCCGCAUGAGCGCCCCUGCGCCCGCUGCCGCGCCCCGCUCAGCAUCCACAUCCUACUACGGCGCGCAGACCCAGUCGCCGUCACCGUCGCCGUCCCAGGCCCAGACGCCGGCUCCGGCGGCCACAACGGGGUCCAGCACCCCCGUCCCCGCCGCAGCGCCCGAGCAGCCUGCCGCAGGCGCAACCGAGAUGGCGUCCUCGACCCCGGCCAUGCCCGGCGGCGCAAGCACAGGCGCCCUGAACGGGACCGCCGCGCCGCUGGCAGAGAAACCAGCGCAGUCGUGGCGCGGGACACAGGGCCGCGCAGCCAUCCCCGCGUGGCAGAUGGCGGCGGCGAAGAAGAGCGAGGAGAGCGCCGCGAAGAAGGAUACGAGCGCGAGCGGGACCGUGGAGGCGAGCAGCUCGUAG